GGGGAGCACAAAGCGGGGCGCACCGAGGGCGCAGGCAGCAAGCCUGGGAACGAGGGAGGGCCCACAGCGCCUGCCGGGUGGGGAGAGGGACCAUCCGUUGGCGCAGCCCUGGCGGCGGCAUCUCUAGAUGCCCGGGUGCCUUCCUCGGGAUCUGACCGCUCGCUGCCCUGCCCGCUGCACCUCAAUUCUCUUGCCCUCCUUUCCAAUUUUGCCUGCCUUUACCUUGGCCCCAAAAGCCGGAUUUAGCCCAGUACAGCGCAGCAGCUGUUGCUGGCGUUGCUGCCCCCUCUCUGGUCUUGGUGCUCUGCCUUGGGUCCCCCAAGGAGCCAGUGCUUACUGCGGGCUGAGAGGGAGGCGCCGCUCAGCCUGACCUCCUCCUCCUCCUCUUCUCCUUCUGCUGCUGCUGCCACCACCGGUGCCCAGUCCGCGCGCACUCCAACACCCCACCAGCCGGGCCUUGGGACACAUCUCUGGACUUUGAUUUGGCUGAAGUAACUCACAUGAAGACUUGUACACAUACCUGGAAUUAAGAACCACAGUUAAAAGACUUCAAAUUGUUUCCUGCUUCUUGAAAAGCCCAGAAAACCAUCCUUCUGGACUCUGGAAUUCUGUACAUUUCAACCAAGACAUUGCUUGACUGUUUACAUUUUCUGCUUACUGUCUUACUUUUCACUGUGUAGUGUUCACAUUUUGUUAAAACUCACGAGUGUCAGAAGUUGAGCUUGUUCAGCAAGCCGGCAUGGCUAGGAUAAGUGUAGUAGUAGCAGUUUGCCGAUUGGUGCUGAGCUUGCUAAUGACUUCACUAACCGAGUCUUCCAUAUUGAAUAAUGAGUGUCCACAACUUUGUGUAUGUGAAAUUCGUCCCUGGUUUACUCCACAGUCCACAUACAGAGAAGCCACCACUGUUGAUUGUAAUGACCUCCGCUUAACAAGAAUUCCUAGCAACCUUUCUAGUGACACACAAGUGCUUCUCUUACAGAGCAAUAACAUUGCAAAGACUGUGGAUGAACUUCAGCAGCUUUUCAACUUGACCGAACUAGAUUUCUCCCAAAACAACUUUACAAAUAUUAAGGAGGUAGGACUGGCAAACUUGACCCAGCUUACUACUCUGCAUUUGGAGGAAAAUCAGAUUACAGAGAUGACUGAUUUCUGUCUGCAGGACCUCAGCAAUCUUCAAGAACUCUACAUCAACCACAACCAGAUUAGCACUAUUUCUGCUAAUGCCUUUUCAGGCUUAAAAAAUCUUUUAAGGCUUCACCUGAAUUCCAACAAAUUGAAAGUUAUUGAUAGUCGCUGGUUUGAUUCUACACCCAACCUGGAAAUUCUCAUGAUUGGGGAAAACCCUGUGAUUGGAAUUCUGGAUAUGAACUUCAAACCUCUCUCAAAUUUGAGAAGCCUAGUUUUGGCAGGAAUGUAUCUCACUGAUAUUCCUGGAAAUGCUUUGGUGGGCCUGGAUAGCCUUGAGAGCCUGUCUUUUUAUGAUAACAAACUAGUCAAAGUUCCUCAACUUGCCCUGCAAAAAGUUCCAAACUUGAAAUUCUUAGACCUCAACAAAAACCCCAUUCACAAAAUCCAAGAAGGAGAUUUCAAAAACAUGCUUCGUUUAAAAGAGCUGGGAAUAAAUAAUAUGGGAGAACUCAUUUCUGUGGACCGCUAUGCCCUGGAUAACCUGCCUGAACUCACAAAGUUAGAAGCCACCAAUAACCCCAAACUAUCUUAUAUCCAUCGCUUGGCUUUUCGAAGUGUUCCUGCCCUGGAAAGUUUAAUGUUGAAUAACAAUGCUUUGAAUGCUGUUUACCAAAAGACAGUAGAAUCCCUUCCCAAUUUGCGUGAGAUCAGUAUCCACAGCAAUCCCCUCAGAUGUGACUGUGUCAUCCACUGGAUUAACUCCAACAAAACAAACAUCCGCUUCAUGGAGCCCUUAUCCAUGUUCUGUGCUAUGCCCCCUGAAUACAGAGGGCAACAGGUGAAGGAAGUUUUAAUCCAGGAUUCAAGCGAACAGUGCCUCCCAAUGAUAUCUCAUGACACAUUCCCAAAUCAUUUAAAUAUGGAUAUUGGCACAACAGUUUUACUAGACUGUCGGGCCAUGGCUGAGCCAGAACCUGAAAUUUACUGGGUCACUCCCAUUGGAAAUAAAAUAACUCUGGAAACCUUUUCAGAUAAGUACAAACUAAGUAGUGAAGGUACAUUGGAAAUAUCUAACAUACAGAUUGAAGACUCUGGAAGAUACACAUGUGUUGCCCAGAAUGUCCAAGGGGCAGACACUAGAGUGGCAACAAUUAAAGUUAAUGGAACUCUUCUGGAUGGCACCCAGGUGCUGAAAAUAUAUGUCAAGCAGGCAGAAUCUCAUUCCAUUUUAGUGUCCUGGAAAGUUAAUUCCAAUGUCAUGACAUCAAACUUAAAAUGGUCAUCUGCUACCAUGAAGAUUGACAAUACCCACAUUACAUAUACAGCCAGGGUCCCAGUAGAUGUUCAUGAAUACAACCUAACACAUCUACAGCCUUCUACAGAUUAUGAAGUGUGUCUCAUAGUGUCCAAUAUUCAUCAGCAGACUCAAAAGUCUUGUGUAAAUGUCACAACCAAAAAUGCUGCCUUCGCACUGGACAUCUCUGAUCAAGAAACCAGUACAGCCCUUGCUGCAGUAAUGGGAUCCAUGUUUGCAGUCAUUAGCCUUGCGUCCAUUGCUGUGUACAUUGCCAAAAGAUUUAAGAGAAAAAACUAUCAUCAUUCACUAAAAAAGUAUAUGCAAAAAACGUCUUCAAUCCCAUUAAAUGAGCUGUACCCACCACUCAUUAACCUCUGGGAAGGAGACAGUGAGAAAGACAAAGAUGGUUCUGCAGACACCAAGCCAACCCAGGUUGACACAUCCAGAAGCUAUUACAUGUGGUAACUCAGUGAAUAUUUUGCUUCUGGUAGUAAGGAGCACAAAGACAUUUUUGCUUUAUUCUGCAAAAGUAACAAGUUGGAGACUUUUGUAUUUCUGACUUUGCUAGUUUUUGGCAGAGUGCGGAGGAUGGGUGGAUAUUUCAGAUUUUUUUAGUAUAGCGUAUCGCAAGGGUUUGACACGGCUGGCAGCAACUCUAGGCUUCCAGUUAGUGUUUGGUUUUUAUUCUUAUCAUUAUUAUGAUUAUUAUAUUAUUAUUUUAUUUUAGUUGUUGUGCUAAAUUCAAUAAUGCUGUCCUAACUACAAUGCUCAAUAAAAUGAUUAAUGACAGGUUGGGGUUCCCCUCUGCUUUUACCAGUAGCAUGACCCCUUCUUCAGAAGCCAUCAAUAGAAAGUACUAUGUCCUCCAAAAAGCUAACAUACACUUUUGAAGCAGCAUUGAACCUUUUGUAGCAAUCUAGUCUACAGACUUGUAAUUCAAGAAGCUAAGACUAGACUUGUUACCUUUGUUGAAUGUUAGUUGACUGUACUGUAAUGUUGUAUCAACUGAAUUGAAUGUUCGCCUUUCAACAAUGACUUUAGUUCUUCCUCUUUUUUUGUAAUAGUUAAAGAGGCUUAGAACAAGCUAACAGGCAAUAGAAAUAUGUAUAUCAGAUUUUUUAAUGUAACAAACUACAUGUCAAUUGUUACUUUAUUCUUUUUAUCUUUAGUAGACACUUUUAAAAAAAGAUGAUAAUUUUGUUGUGUUUAACCCACCAACAUGUGGUGUAUAAAGAAGACAGAACUAUAAUAAACUAGUUUUGUUCUGAUUUUUUAGAACACUUGCAAUAAUGUAUCAUUUAUAGUUCUUGCUAAUUGCAGUGGUAAUAUUUUUCACAUCUAUGAAAACAGCAAUCAAUAAAUCAGCCAAAGUAUGUUGUCUUUGAAAGUUAGGUCCUAAAAAGUUUUGAAUUCUAUUUCUAAUGGAAGAAGUAUCUAUUUUAAUUAAGGCAUUUUAACAAACAGGAUUUCUAUAUUUUAAAUAUUACUGACCAGAACCUAAUGGGGGGUUCAUAUAAGGGAAAAAAAUAUAUUACUUUAUCCCAUCCAUAACUGAACAUGAUCUUACAUAUAUGAUGUAUUAGGUGAUACAGUAUCACUCCUUUUCUGUAAGAGAUGAGACAUGAUUUUUUAAAUAAUUUCUACAUUUUUCCAUUCAAGUAUAAAACAGUUAUGGAGUGUUUCAAAGUAUAUUACACCAUUCUUUUUUAACAGCUAUCCAUAUGCUUAAACUCUUAAUAGUCUAUAUAUCAGUGUGACCCAAGUAAAUUAUUACUAGAAAACAGAAUGACUUCUGUAUGGUUGGCAUUUUUCAUCCAAAUACUAUAUAUACAGAACUGGCAUAAUUAAAAGUUUCAAGAUUAUAUAAGAUAUGGAUAUGUGAAUUUUAGAAUAGAAGGACCUAAGUUUAGGUAUAAGAUCAUUUCCACAAAGGGUAUAGGGAGGAGACUUGAAUAUAUAGGUAGAGGACAAUAGACUCAUUUGAAAAUUUGAAAUGAUAAGGCAGAGAAAUAAAGAAAGUCUGUUCCACAUGGCAGCUGCUGUCAUGGACAUGCUAUCAGACCAGGAAUGAUGAGACUGUAAAAAGGGGCUAAGAGGAAACAGGUGCCAGAUGAGCAGAAUGAAGGAAAAGGGAGCAGAAAGAAAGUCCAGGUGAUCAGGCUGAGAGAUUUCUUUGUCAAAUUCCCUGUUUUAUGAAACACUUAAAAAAUAACCACUUUCCUUCCCAUUUCUAAGGGGUUUGGGAGAGAAUUUCAGAUGCUGUUACAAGCUGCAAGUGAGUAUCUGAGCUAGAAGCAUCCUUUGCCACAGCCUUCAUUUGUUGAUGCCACGGAGAGCUUAUAACUGGCCCAGGUCAAAUUCUGCCUAUUUAGAACCCUGCACUCUAUUGAUUGCUCCAAGGCCAGCAGCCUUCUAGAGUUGUCUCUUCUACAGCUCUGAGCAAACUCUGUUGCCCCUGUAUCAAAAUUGCACCAUAUCUUCAAGUUCCUGUUUACUCAGAAUAAGUAGCAGGAGGCCAGACCAGAGGACCAGGAAAGUGUAUACAUCGUUGGUGCUUCCAAGUACAAUACACGUGGGAAACAGAAUUAGAUAUGCUUUAGAUGCAAUCAUGAUGCGUUUCCUAUGAGGGAAUUCUUAACUUCACACAUGAACCAUGCAAGAACUUCUCAACUAAAUCUGCAAACCAUGACCCAUGACAGCUUGCAGCUGCAGAGAAGAGACAUCAUUUAUCCCAUACAGUGAUGAUUUGGAGCUAGCACAGAAUGGGCACUUAAAUAUUGGUAGAUAAAAGAAAGAAAUUAAUUCAAUUAUUUCCCCAUUCUGAAUAUAUAACAAGCACAAGAAUAUCUGAAUGCUUGUGUUAAGCCAGUUUGGGGAAUUUUCUUUUACUUUAAAAAAGUACUGAAGUUUAUUUUUCCCAGUCCAUGUUAAUGGGUUGGUUUUCACUUCAUAGGAAGGAAGAUGGCAGAACACUUCUUUCCCUAGCCAAAUAUUUCCUUAUUUGCACUUAAUUUAAUUUGGUAAGACAGUCAGUGAAAUUAGGCAUCAAACUAGUCCCUGCUUGUUAAUGGAGGUUAUAUCACCUUUGCUAGUGAAGUGGCUAUUAUAGAUCACAUUCUAAUUUCACAUUUUCCCUUUUGCUUCCUGCUUCCCUUGAGAUAUAGUGUAUAUCUAACCUGAUAGUAUAAGCCUAUCUUUAAAGCAGUUUCUUAAAAGUCAUUCCCUAAUUUGCCCAUUUAAUUAAUGACAAAUCAAACUGAUACCAUUAAUAUAAAAAGAAAUACAAUGUGUGAUUAUCAGUGCUUCUAACUUGGCUGUGACUGGCAAAGGAAAUCAUCUCCAUUUUUCUGUAAACAGUACCAAAGUCCAUAUGCUCUCUCACUUGGUUUCUAUUCAUUCAUUAGCUACGGACACCAUAGUCAACCUUUUAUUUAGUAUUUGUUUUCUAACUCUGUAUUCUUUUUCCAAAGCAUUUUGUUUUCAUUAUUUUAUUAUUGUUAUUUUAUUAUUAUUAUUGUUUCAUUAUUUUUACUAUUGGAAGGGAAAAAACAUAACACUUUGCUGGUAAAACCAUAUUUUCUGCCUUUCUGUUCACUAUAAAGGAGAAUUUAACUACUUUUGAUGCAUUCUAAGUACAACUGAUAAUGUUUUCUUCACCUCAGUCCUUUCAUUCUCACCCUGUUUGCAAAUAGACUUUUUUUCAUUUUUUAAAUUCAAAAGAGAUUAGCUGGUAGAAAAUGUUUCUUUAAAGCAAAGGUUUAGAAUAACCAUCUGGAGCUCUUGAAUGAUUUUUGACUAAAACCUUUGAAGGACUUGAUCUAAUUUGGUGGGGACAUGAUUAAUCUGUCUGUCCUCUGACUCUCCGACCCAUGCACCCUCACUGUUACCAGCUCCUCUCAGUAAUUUAAGUUGGAGAUUUAAGGUACAUGUGUGAAUAAGGAAGUGGUGAGGGAUCUAAUGAUUUUUAAUCCUUGAAGCCUCAGCAUAUUCCAGCACAGGUUAACAGAACUAAAUGGGUUUCUUUUAUUGUAAAACUCCUCAAGUGCUAAUAAAAGUAUAUAGUUUUCUACCAUUAUGUAUCUCAGAGUACUCUUCUGUAGUGUAGGUCCCGAGCAAUUGAGGAUUUAAUUUAACCCUAAAAAUAGUCUGGUAAAAUGGAUGCUAUUUUUUCUAAUCUACAGGUAAGAAAACUAAGACCCACAAGAAUAAGCAAUCGCCUGAUACUAUAGCUCUGUAAGAGGGAGAACAUGAUGGAGUCCCUUCACUUCCAGUUUUCCCUCCCUCUGACCAACCCCUUCUAAAGUGAAAGGAGGAACAUCUACUGAAGGGCAGAUGCUAGAAGUCCCUGGGCACAUAGGAAAAGACUGACCAAGUGAACAAAGUAUUGUUAAUGGGAAACAGCACCAAAGGCUUUCUUUGUCUUAAAUUUUUAUUUUAAGAAGCAUGGUAUGCUAAUGAUCUGUGAGAUAAAUUCAAAACUAUAUUCAUAUCAGGCUUUUUUUUUCUUUUUUUUGGUACCAGGGAUGGAACUCAGAGGCAUACAUUGGAACCACUGAGCUAAAUCCCCGGCCCUCAGGUUAAAUUUUAAUUCUAAUCUUCAGCUGCCACAAACUGUCCUCCCUGUUACACACUCAUAAAACAUUAAAAUUUUUUAAUUUUUUUGAGAAAAUUCCAAAUUCAUUCUUAGCUUAGGAAGCAACCAUGAAGUCUUACAUAAAACUACAAAAAAUUCCAACAUUUAAAAGAGAAAAUGUGAAGUUGAUAUACAAUUGAAAGUUCUAAGGGUGAUAUCUGGCAUUAAGAAAUCACCCAGAGCAGCUAGAAACAAAGAGCUCUUGCAUAAUCACCAAAUUUGUGAAUGUGUAAUGGUAUUUAGAAAAUUCUGACUUUUUCCCCAAAAUCUAUUUGGAUGCCAUAAGACAUUAAAAUAACAUAGAUAUUUUUCUAAAUAAAUGCAAUUGUCCUCUCAACAUCCCCAAUUUUUUCAGUUAUGUACUACUUCAAAUAAAGCAAAACCAGUGAUAUUCAUGAAUGUAUGUCUAUACAUAAACUGGAUUGGAUCAUGCCAUCUCACCCCUUUCCACCUUAGCCUUUCAUUUCUAUAACAUCAGACUAAGAGUGAAUCUCAGCCUGGACCCUGACAGAAUGAUCAAGAAUUCCUAAAAUGGGGAUAUCUUUACUUAAGGUGGCAUUUUUUUAUUCUUUAAAUUUAUUGGUACAUUUUAGGUAUACAGUAUGAUGACAUUCAUCAUUGGGAAUUUGUACCUUUACAUGAUAUAUCUUGGUUCUUAUUUUUUCCCACUCCCCUGCCCUCCCUUUAACCCCUCCACCCCUCCCUAUUUACAAAGACUUUGUUUCCAUUUUUUCCUUUUCUCAUAUUUUUUGCUUUGCAUAACUGCAUAUCUGUACAUCUCACUAGAAAGAGAAGACCAUAUCACAGCAGGCAGAACUACAUUUUUUACAGUAAAGGCUUAUGAAAAGGGAGAAACACUGUGUAUGCAGCUCUAUGCUAGGAACUUCAGAUAGAAUAUUUACAUUGAAUCCUCUAAGUCACCCAAGAAAUAAGUACUAUUGGCCCUACAUUAGUAACGAGUGGAUACUUGGCUUCAGAGUAAACAAAAUCAUUCAGUUGGCAAUUCUCAGUUCUAUAUGAGUAAAACUUGUAGUUUUUCAAAUAUAUAAAAAUCUAUAAGCUAAAUCUGGAUCAGGAGUAUAGAACAUGUAGCCCAAAAACACAAGUUGAAUUUGAGACAGCAAGAAUGGAGAAGAGGAAGGUACUGCUCACCUGUAAGGCUUCAGUACAGGGAAUAAUUUAACAACCAGACCUGAGAACAAUACAGUUGGGCUUCCAUGUCUGCUGACUCAGCAUCUGUGCCUUCAACAAACCUUGGUUAGAAAAUACAGGUUGAGUAUCCUUUAUCUGAAAAGCUCAAAGUAGAAGACUCUGAGAUUCAGAGUUUGUUCAUGUUUUAGGAUUUUUUUUUUCAUAGACUUUACUGAGUGAGCGUCCCUAUUCAGAAUUCAAAACACCAAAAUCUGAUUCAGCAUGAUGUCAGUGUUUGUGACACUUUUGAGAACUGAUCCCAUGCUCAAAAAGUUUUGGUCAGAUCUUUGGAUUAGGGAAGAUUAAAAUUGAAAAAACAAUUUUUUCUGUACUGAACAUAUACCAUUUUCUUGUCAUUAUUUCCUAAACAAAGUAAUAUUCCAAAUAUUUAAAUAAUUUUCAUUUAUUAGGUUUAAGAAAUUUAGUGAAUAUAAGGGUGUAGAUAGAUAGGUUACAUGCAAAUGCUACACCAUUUUAUAUAAGGGACUUGAGCGCCUUCAGAUUUUGAUAUUUACUAGGAGUUCUGGAACCAAUUCUCUGGAUACCAAGGGACAGCCAUAUGGACAUCUCAGAAAGCCUAAAGGAAGGACAACUCCAAAAAGUUUGUGAUACCAACUCCAUAGAAACAAGAAGAAACAAGCUGCAGAAGUAAACCAUGUAAAAUUAAAAUU